AUGUCGACCGAAAUGGAAGUCGACCAGCCCGUCACGCAGGACGACGCACCGCAAGGCGAUGGCUUCGAGCCGCGGACUCAGUCCAACUCCGUCGCGGUGCGCAGUAUCGAGGGGUGGAUUGUGAUUGUGUCCAACAUUCACGAGGAAGCUUCAGAGGAGGACGUCACGGAGAUGUUUGCGGAUUACGGCGAGAUCAAGAACUUCAACUUGAACCUGGACCGGCGGACGGGUUAUGUCAAGGGAUACGCGUUGAUCGAAUACUCGACCCUUCCCGAGGCUACUGAGGCCAUCAAGAACCUCAACGGAGCUAAACUUCUCGACCAAACCAUCCAAGUCGACUACGCUUUUGUUCGCCCACCUCCGUCCAGCAAGGGCAAGGGUGGAGCUAAGGGUGGCGGCGGCGGCGGCGGCGGCGGCGGCGGCCGGGGUCGCAGCCGCAGCCCGGAUCGGAGUCGCAGCCCUGAGGGUGACCGGAAGUAA